AUGGAGUUUUUUCACGCCUCUGCUACGUGUCGCCUUCGACGUAACACCAUCCCCUCUCUGGAGGUCGAUGGUGUCACUACCUCCUCCCACCUUGAGAAAGCGGUUGUUCUUAAAAAUUUCUUCUCUACCCUCCUCGGGUCGGUCACCAAUUGUGAGUGGCGGUUUAACCUGGCUGAUCUCUACUACAACUCUAGGGCCCUCCCGGCCUCCCUCAGUACUCCGUUUUCCCACGACGAGAUCCGCAAGGCCUUCUCUGACAUGAACAAACAGUCGAGCCCCGGGCCUGAUGGCUUCGGCCCCUCCUUCUUCUCCACCUUUUGGGGCUUGGUCUCUUCGGACGUUUUUGGAGUUUUCUCCUCCUUCUACGAUGGUUCCAUUGACCUCACAAGAAUCAACAGGGCCUUCCUGGUCCUCCUCCCAAAAGUAGACGCUGCAAACCAUCCCUCUCUCUUCAGGCCAAUUUCCCUCCAGAAUUGUGUCAUGAAGGCUAUCACAAAGGUGCUCACUUCUAGACUCCAAUGUGCCAUCCACUCUCUUGUGGAUGCCGAUCAAACCGGCUUCCUCUCUGGGCGUCGUAUCUCUGAAAAUAUCGUCUACGCUGCGGACCUCAUUCGGUGUUGCCACCUAAAAAAAGCCCCCGCCGUCGUCUUCAAAAUCGACUUCAGAAAAGCUUUCGAUUCCGUUAACUGGGACAGCCUCCUGACCAUUCUCAAAACUAGGGGCUUCGACGAACGCUGGUGCGAGUGGAUGUCCCGCAUUCUUUCCACCGGACACACUGCGAUCCUCCUCAAUGGGGUCCCGGGGGACUGGAUUCGUUGCCGCAAUGGGCUUCGGCAAGGUGACCCUCUUUCUCCAUACCUCUUCAUCAUCGUGGCGGACGUCCUUCAACGCCUUAUCCGUAAAUCUUGGAGGGACGGCUUGAUUGGCCACCCCCUCUCGCCUGACCUGCCUUGUCCCGUCCUCCAAUAUGCUGAUGACACUCUCAUCAUCUGUAGGGCCAACCAUGAUGCGGUCUCCCACCUCAAACUCGUCCUCGAUGACUUCGCCGCUGCUACCGGGUUGGCCAUCAAUUUUCACAAAUCAUGCUUCAUCCCCAUGCAUAGUCUUCCGUGGAAGGACUGGUUCCGCCUUCACUCGCCUUCGGACCUUGGGGACACGUCAUCUACUCCAUCAUUCCUCGAGAAGAUUGUUGCUGAAUGUCUGCCGCUCUACCGCUCCAUCACUCGGUGCUCCGUUGUUAGUGGUACUUCCACUGCGUUCUGGAAGGACAAGUGGAGGCCUGGGGGGAGCUUUGCCGACCAGUUCCCCGCGCUGUUCUCCCAUUGCACGCGGCCGAACGCGACGGUCGCUGUGGUUCUUGCCUCGGGUCUCUCUCUUCAGCCGCGCAUGUCUUCUGCCGCCGCCCGCGAGCUCGCCAUCGUCAACCAGGUCAUCGACGCCACGUCGCUCCGCGAUGGCCACGAUAUCCGCUCCCUCGACACCUCCUCGGCCCCGCCGUUCAGCUCGCGUGCCGCCUACCGCCUGCUCUCCCCGGCGCUGCCGGUUGACGCUUCAGCUUGUAUUGCGUGGGGAUCUCGACUCCCCGCAAAGCUGAAGAUCUUCGCCUACCUCGCCGACAUCGACAGGCUCAGCACCCGCGCCAACCUCUUCUUCAAGAACUGUGCUCCCUCGGCGAUCUGCGCCGCCUGUCCUACCGAGGAGACCGGACGUCAUAUCUUCUUCGACUGCACGCUUGCCUCUGGUGUUUGGGCUCGCCUUGGGGUCGAUAUCCCUGCUGACCGUUUCUCCUUCUGGGACCUUGCUCAGCCUCGCGACUUCCCUGUGGACGUGUGGCGGGUUGGAAUGGCUGUGCUGCUUUGGUCUCUCUGGAAGGCCAGGAACGAUUUGGUUUUCAACAAUAGAAAUUGCACUGCCCAGCUGGUCAUUCGUAGGGCCUGCUGCGACCCCGGGCUGGGAGCCUUGUGCCCUGUGCGGCUACUCGAUAGUGGAAGCGGUGGAUGGAUGGAGCACUACUGCAGCGAUAGAAUGAUGGAGCAUGGCUGCGUGCAUGCAGUCUGCACCUGGACGGAAGUUUCCUUCUAG